AUGCGUUUUCCGGAAAUGGCGUUUGCCCUAGAAGUAGUAGAGCGGUAGUAAACAGUUGAAUCUGCUGCUGUCGUUGUAGAAUCUCUAGUUCAUUUUUGUACUUAAAUAAUCAGUUUCACAUCUAGUAAGUUAACAUGGCUCGAAGUUAGUUCGUUUACAACAAACAAUAAGCAAUAAAUAAAGCAAUAAGCAAACUGCGGCGAGCUAUCUGGAUGUUUCUUCUGCCCUACGGUGUAGCUUUAGCUUCUGCUCCAGUCUGCUGAAACAGAGCCGUCGUCUAUGGAUAAAACACCUGAGAGGCUCUCAGUAGAGCAGCAGGCGUCUGUUCCAAGUGGGUCCAGUGUGGGCAAGCCAAUGAGUGCUGCACUGAAGGCUAGGUUAAAAAGAGCACGACCUUCCUUCACUUCCCCUCUCAGUGUGGUUAAACGACUUAAAAUCGAUGACGAUGAGUUACCACAGCCCUUAAAAGAAGAGACAGACCAAACUGGGCAAGCAGAAAAGGAGGCUGAGAUUGACGUGAACAGAAAUGAGACCAUGAGAGAUCUUAAAGACCCCCUUCAGCUCUCUCGAAGUGAGUUACUUCAGCUUCGAGAGAAAUUAAAGAAAGAUGCCAGGGAGAAAUCUGAGACUCUUCGAAGGCUCAAGAUGGUUAAAAUGUUCAGAAUGAAGAAUGACCUCACACAGCUGCAAGACCUGAUAGAUAAAUGGAGGCACUGUGCUCAAGCAGUGCUGUAUGAACUACAAACUGAGUUACCUACAGAUGGCCGAAAAGUCAGUCUCUCUCAGCUCAUUGACCACUUUGGACUGGAAGAUGGUAUUUUGCACUUUGAUAGGACAGAGGACGACUUCAUAAACAGCUGAUAUAAAGACAGUGUGUGUCUUAUUUUUGUUAUAAUAGUUCACCAUCACUCUCUGGGUAUUUGUAUGUUGUUUUGUACAUGACAGUUCAAUGCCACACUCGGGUUUGAGGUCACCAAAGUAGAAAAAGAGCUGGGCCUUAAUUUAACACUGAUGGACAGGUGAUGUCAGGAAUUUGUGGUGACUGAAAAUGGCCUUACCAACCCACAAUUGUAGCUUAAAUACCUGUGUGUUUUUCUAAUUACGUGUGUAAUGUAAUAGACAAUCCUGUGUAACGUGUCCUUUAUUCAGUUUUUUUGCACUUUGCACGUUUCCAUUUCAUUCUGUUGCAUUUAUAAAUGCCUGUAAAAUCUGAUGGCAUUUGUUUAAAAAGUGUUAUUGUGAAUAAAGAGCAUUUUUAUUCCCA